AUUGGCGUUAAGGACAGUGACAGCUCUGUGUGCGUGUUUAUUUCUAUUAGUGAACGAUUUUCGAUAGUUGUGUCAUAAGCAUUUGGUCCAGUGAUUAGCAUAGAGGAAAUAAACAAUUCUGUCAUAAAUCGGUGGUAGCUAUUUGCAUAGUGUUAGGGAUACAGUACCAUUGUCACAGUGAAAUGCAGGAAAGUAUUUACAUAACGAGAACGAAUUUUGUUUCAAAAGCUGUAGAAUCUGUUGAGAAGAAUGUUUCCACACGUGUUAUACGGAUGGGCACAGUUGUGAAGAUAGUAACAGUUUGCGAAAAGAACGAAAGUGUCAAUUUCGUAGUCAAAGGGAACGAAGAUGAAUCACACGAGUGUGUUGUGUGGAGCAGUGAGAAAAGUAACUUCAUCCCAUUGUUAGAUGUUUUAUGGCAAGCGUUUUGUGGUGUUCCAUCACCCUUGGACCGCGUUCGCAUAGCAGACAAUUCACGACUCUGUCAUGAACUAGCGAGAGUUGAUGUUGGAAUGGUUGUGAAUCUACUUCCUACCCAUGAAAAUUCAGCUGACUUUCCUGUACCGUCUAUCGUAAGAUACAAAGGUCCCGUACCAGAGAUGGGGAGUGGAUAUUAUUUUGGCCUCGAAAUAUUGGGCAAUAACCGAGGAAAUUGCGAUGGUACGCUACGUGGAAAGAAGUACUUCUCCUGCCAGAAGUACAAAGGUGUUUUUGCAACACUGAACAGAAUAUAUCCAGGAAACAUAGAAAAGACUUUAGGUGGAAUGAACACAUAUUCGGAUGCAGUGAAACUGAGUGAAAUAUUUACUGAUCGGAAUUACACUUAUGAAUCCUUGUUAUCAAUGCCGUCCAGUGACUAUAAACACUAUAAUGCAAGAAACUCCAACUAUAAAACUACCCUUGUGCUUCAUCUGAGAGAAGAGAGCAGUACAAGUAUGUCCAGAAAUAUACCACCUAAGGUGGAAAACAAAGAAAAGUUGCCAGACGUGGAGUCAGGCAACCACAAUGUUGGUUCAGGUAACCCAUUCUUGAAAAUUGGUGAUAGAGUUGUAUGGGUAACGGAUUCUGGUCCUGAGGCUGGAAUUGUUCGCUGGCUUGGAGAUCAUACAGAAGAUAAUUUGACCAAUGUGAUUGUUGGUGUUGAAUUUGAAAAUCCAGUUGGAAGUGGAACUGGUUGCUACAAUAAUAAGCAACAUUUCCAAACAGAGCCAUCACAUGGUGCAUUUUUGCCUCUUCUGGAGCUUAUGAAAGCAGAUGACUUCUUUUCGAAACCACAAGAACCUUCUAAGGAAAGAGUCUCUGGUUUGACAUCAUGUGGAGAGCAUAGUCACCUGAAGUUGGCUUCUCAUGGGAAUGCAAGACAUCAGCCAUCAUCUGCGUCCACAGCUGAUGCAGGGUCAAAAGGACAUGUUUCGGAAACACAUAUGUGGAAUAAUUCUGUUGCUGAGAUAUCAGAGGUGUUUGGAAAUCUGCCCACAGACUCUAUGAGCAAAGAAAAUAAACUAACAAAAUGCAAAAGUGAUAACUUGUGUAAAUCUGAAUAUGUAUUCUCUGAAGGCAAUGGUUAUCAUGUCAAUUCUGUCAAAAUUGAUAAUAGUGAGCAGAACUGUUGCAAAGAUCCAAAGAAUAACAAUGUGAGUAAGAAAACAGUUCUUGUAAAUUACCCGGAGAGUGCCCCAUCGAGAGGUGUUUUAGAUGAAUCGCCACGGAAAGUGAAUGAUUAUUUUACAAAACAUAUUAAACCGAGUGAAUUAAAAAUAAAACAUUCUCAUUCGAGAGAUAUCCAACCCAGGAAUAGCAGUGAGCCAUUUGAUGUGGUGGAUGAAUCAUGGAGUGCUGGUGUCGGAAGUCCAUAUUCAACAAAUUAUUUUAAAGAUGACCAAAAAACGAACAGGACAGAGCUUUUAAAAUCGUGUAGGGUUAUUGAUUGCAAGGAAAGUGACUUAGAUAACUUUAGAGAUGGAAAAGCUGCUGUGCAGUUAAAUGAUUUUCCUGACCAUAUCUUGCCAAGAAGAUUUAGUCCUACAAAUGAUGUAACUGCUUUCCUUGAUGUCUCUGAGCAGUCUGUAGUACCAACUGAUCUAGAAGUUGGAUCAGUUGUGGAAGUGAGAGUUAAAUUGAAGCCUCAUUAUGGUGUUAUUCGAUGGAUUGGUACUGUAGCUGAGGAUAAGAAAAGAAGAAAAAUUGCUGGCAUUGAAAUGGAAGAAGAUCAUGUUGGUUAUUCAGAUGGAAGUUUCAAUGGUCGCAGAUACUUUCAGUGUAGACCAGGAAAGGCUAUGUUUGUGCCGCUGAAUAGUUGUCAGAAGGAUGGGAGGUUUCAGGAACCACAUGUGUCAGUUGACUCAAGAAUAAAAAGCUUUGGUCAGAUUGAUUGCCCUGUUAUCCCUGGAGUUGUCCCACCACUAAGGUGGAAGGGCGAUACAGAGUCCUUUUGUGGCAAGUUCAGGGGCAUCCAGGGUCAUCAUAAUUCGUGCUACUUAGAUGCUACUCUUUUCAGUAUGUUUACUUUUACCAGCGCCUUUGACAGUCUGUUGUUCAGACCUCCAACAGAGAAUGAUAUCAAACAGUAUGAUGAAGUGCAGCGAGUUUUGAGGGAAGAAAUCGUUAAUCCCCUGCGGCAGAAUCUCUAUGUAAGAGCCGACAGAGUAAUGAAGUUGCGGACUUUGCUUGAGAAUUUAAGUUCAGUUACAGGGUUAACAAGUGAAGAGAAAGAUCCAGAAGAAUUUUUGACUUCUCUGGUUGCCCAGAUAUUAAAAGCAGAGCCAUUUUUAAAGUUAAGUUCUGGUCAGGAAGCAUACCACUACCAACUGUUUGUUGAGAAGGACGAGCAACUUGUUCUGCCCUCCGUUCAGCAGCUUUUCGACCAGAGCUUUUUAACCAGUGAUAUAAAACUUAAAGAGGUGCCUUCUUGUUUAAUUAUACAAAUGCCUAGGUUUGGAAAGUCAUUCAAAAUGUACCCUCGUAUAUUACCAUCACAGUUACUGGAUGUCACUGAUAUUAUUGAGGACUCUCCCCGCCAGUGCACAGUCUGUGGUAAACUAGCAGAGUAUGAAUGCAGAGAAUGUUUUGGUCAGUUUGGUACAGGAUUGGAUAGUAUUGCCUUCUGUGAAGAGUGCUUGGGAACUGCCCAUAGCCAUCAACGAAGAAAUAAUCACGCGUGGCGCCGACUGUCAGUGCCUGUGGAGUUUUCUGUUUUGCAAGACCACUGCCAUAUACCCCGGCUUUACAUGGAACUAUUUGCGGUUGUUUGCAUUGAAACAUCUCAUUACGUAGCAUUUGUUAAGUGUGGUAGUGGAUCUGAGGCUCCUUGGUGUUUCUUUGACUCAAUGGCUGAUAGAAAAGGUGAACAAAAUGGGUAUAAUAUUCCUGAAAUGGUUCUUUGUCCAAAACUUCCAUACUGGUUGUCUGAUGAAGGGACACGUUCACUUCAAGAAAUAAAAGACGAUCGCCUUCUACCUGAACAUGCAAAACGCUUGUUAUGUGAUGCCUAUAUGUGUAUGUACCAAAGUCCUGAUGUAAUGAUGUACAGAUAAGAAUGGGAUUAAAAAUCACACUCCUGUAUGUAUAUUUAUUGUAAUUGAUAAUUAGAUCAAACUUUUGCCUGUUUUGUAUUUAAAGAGACUAUAACACUGUAAAUAUUUUUCAACAUUCCUCAUUGACUGUACUGCAAUUUAAAAUGUAACUGUUAUCAGUUGUUACAAAGUGCUUGAAAUGUUAAACAGUCUUAAUGAAGUUAUUUUAUAAAUCA